GUGUAAAUCACAAACAUCCGGUGUAUUGCAAUUUCGCGGCCGUUUUAAAUUGAUUUUCCGAAGUCUUUCACACAAGACAAACGAGUGACAUUUGAUGAGUUUUGUACAUUCUGGGAAGCUGUAGAAACUGGGACUUAGAGACUUUUUUGUUCACUCUGGUGGCAAGGCAUAAGCCAUAGUACAGAAUGGCAAGCGAAGGGGAAUUGGCCUGCCGCCUUCAUGACUGGGUCACCAACGAGAUGCAUUUCUAUCCGCAGGGAUCGCAUGCCAGCAUCCCAAAACCUGAACAACUCAAGCUAUUGUGUCGAGGACCCUGUGCCCCAAUCUGGCAGUGGGUUAUUAAACAUGUACGCUCCACAGAGACAGUAAAGACAGUUACAGGAAACUUGGCUCUUAAAAACAAGUCAAGCAGCCCCCAGUACCGAGUGAACUAUGGGGUUGGUGGGGAACAGUUUGAGGAGACCAAAUGUGCUCUCCUGGAGCGGAGAGCGGCUCUGUCAGGGGAGGUUACCACAACUCUGAGAGAUGUCGGCCAUUUUGAGCAUGAAGUUGAACGGAUAACAGCUGAGGUGACAGAGACAGAGAACAAGUAUCAGCAACUGAAGAUGAGUAUCAACACCAGUCGGCGCAAGGCAGCCCUGUUGACAGCAUACUGUGCCCGCAGUGCCGACGUGACUGCACAGUACGGGGAGUACGUGAAGGUCAUCAACACAAGGGUGCAGGAUAUCAAGCAGAGGGCGCAGAAGACCCUGGAGACUGAAGAGUUCUAUAGCAGGGAGGUAACUCAAGAUGAGAAGGAGGAGGAGGAGCAGACAUCAGCACUGGAGACUGCAUCUGCUAAACACGUUCGAGAGAGCUGUGAGCUGAUUGGUCAGUUCCUACAAGACAUGCUCAGUGGAACCUUCGCCAACGACAAGUCUCUCAUAAACAAACACAAGGAGCCUCUAUGGCAGAAGGUGGAGCACGUGUGUGGCACGUUCUCGGCUGACCAGGUAAUGACUGGCCUGCUGACCUACACCUCGGACACUACAUCCAGGCUGCGGACACUGACCGCUAGGGUGGACAUCAGGAGGGAUGCACAGGCUUUACGGUUCCGUUAUGAUGGAGGUGAAAUGAAGGACCUUGCAAACCAGCCGUCUCUAUACAGAAGUGUCCACCAACUACUGCAGGAGAGAAACAAGGAACACUUCUUAAGUUUCAUCCAGUGUCAGAAGUCUCAAAACGAUGCACGCAAUCUUGAGCAGUCUGUUGCUAUGGUGAAAUCUCGCAUAGACAAGAAACUGGAGAAGGUGUUUGCGCAGAAAGCUGCCGACUUGAAACUAGCAAGGACACUUGCAGACACGGAGAUUGAGGUUGACGGUCACAAGGCGGCCCUUCACAGUCUCAGUACGGAGUGUGAGUCUCUCAAGGAACUGGUAGACCGGAGUGCACGCCACAGGCAGGAGCUGUUUACCAAGUACCAUCGCAUACAGGAGUUCCAGGAAAUCACCGACGCCAAGCAGGGUGUGAUCCAGGUGCUGGUGAAGCAGAACAUGAAUGCCCAGUCCCGCCUGGACCAACAGCUGGCGGAGAUAGGGGGCUACCUGGAGCGUUCCUUUGUUUCCCAGCCCUCCCAUUUGACGACCACGUCCGGCAAGCUGCGGGACUCUGUACAACGGGAGGUGGACAGCUUUGCAAACCUGGCCCUGCCAUAUAUCAUGUUCUCUCAGAUUGACAGUGCUCUGAAGACAGCAGUGAUGGACUUGUCUAUACACCAGCUGUCCCCAGUACACAUCAGACCAGCCCUGCAGACAGUGCUGGAGCUACUGAACUUCAAAACAUUCCAGGCCCCUGAUGCUCUGCUGUGCCACUGUGUGAGGUUGAAGGAGGAGAUAGGGGAGGUGCUACGCAGACUGGAGAGGGAGAGUCAGCACACACGGCACAGGAACAUGUCUGGGGAGGAGGAUGUGGUGACUCAAAUCAGAGACACCUGUGAGCGGGCGAGGGAGUCUGACAAGCGACAGAUCACCCAAAUGUUACCUAUGCUGCAACAGAAGGUCGCCAAGACAACUGUCGCCCUUGACAACUGUAACAAGACCAGGGAUGCUGCUAAUGCUUGGUGGAGGGAGCCAGGACAGAGCUGUGUGCCAUGGGUCAAGGUAGAUGACCGCACAUUACAGCAGUACAUGGACCAAUGGACUGUCCUUGUGACAAGCCUUAGGCAGCACCUCUUACAGUAACAGAGUGCAGCACCCCUGGAUUAUAUGAAAGUGUACUGAUUACAUUCAAUACUGUCAAAGUUCAUGCACUGUGAUUUUUAAACCCAUCAUUUUAUGAGCGAGACUGUAUGAAACAAAGUGCAUGCACAGUGGAUUUAUAUCUUUGUUGUUCAGAGUGCACUUACAGUGUUCGUCAACUUUUGUUGUUGCAAAGUGCCUACACUGUGACUAUUUAUCGGACUGUAAAAAGUGCACCUACUGUGUAUAGAUUUUGCAGUUGUUACCAACUGCUUCAACAGUGUAAGUAUUUCUGAUUGCUACCGAGUUCCUUCAAUGUGAUUUAAAUUCGCCACUGUGACAAAGUUCCUCAUGAGUGAAUAACAUUCUUACUAUAACAUAGUUCCAUCUGGGUGAUAUAUAAUUCCAAGUGUAACGAAGUGCCUCUACAGUGCGUGAAUUUUUUACCAAAACAAAGUGCCAAGGUGGUGAUUUUGUUUUCUUCUUGUGUCAUAGUGCAACAUUAGUGUAUGCAUAUCUUUGUGUAAGGAAGUGCACAGACAGUGAAAAGGUAAACCAGGUGUCUUCACUGCCCAUCACAAAAGUGCCUGUUGGGUGAAUUAUUGACAAAAAGAUAGCUCAAACUUCACUGUGUCACAGUUCCACAUAGUGACAUAUUACCUGUAGAUACUAAACAUUAAUAUUUGGAUUUUAAUCAAAUAAAUUACUGUUUAACUUUAGUUCUAUAAGAACUUCUUAUAGUAAUUUUGUUAUAGGGUAUGAGUUAUCAUACUUAUCACAUAUUGAAAAAUCUGGAGUUUUUAAUAAAGAUUGAAGAUACAAUAUGUAUGACAUUUAACUUGUAUUUCUACCUAUAUGCCUGCCCGUCCAUUGGUCUGUAUGAUGCUUAGCAAUCACCAGUAAAAAUGAUCUUAUAUGUUAGUUUGUUACUGUUAAAUUGUGAAGAAAGUAAUCGAAAUGUUCGUAUGCAUGGGAAACACAAUAUAAUAUCAUUCCCUUUUGUAGAAAAGGAAAAGUUUGUUACUUAUUAAGAAUAAGAAAUUAUUCAUGUCUUAAUUUAACACCUGUAAUGAAUUAGACAUAGGGCUCAAUCCUGCUGGCUUGAACUGGCCAUAUGACAGUGUGGUCAUGACUUGAGCACUGUUUGAUGUAUAGCUUGCCAAUGUUAACCUGGCACCGACUUCUAUGCAAAAAUGUAGUAAAGUACCAAAGAAUGAGUUUCUGCACUAGAAGAGAUUCUAAUUGCUUCAAUUGUUCCUCACUUUAAUUUGUUAAUGCCUCAUUAAACUUUAGCACAACAUGCAAGAAUGAAAAGAAACGUUAUGCAAAUAUAUGAAACAAUCCCUGCUGAAAUGUGUGCUAAUGGAGUUAAGGUGUGCAAGGUCCAUUUUGUUGGGCUGUACAAUACGGGCGCCAUUUCUAUAAUUGUCUAAGAAAAUAUGCCUUAGCAAAAUUUAUGUUUAAUUGAAAUGUUUUAAUUAAUGUGAUUAUCUGAAACACAAUUUUCAAAAUGCAAUCGCUCUUUACAUGUACAACAUCUGUAGUGCAUGUCUUAUUGCACUAUCAUUAUGAAAUUAGUGAGUUUAAGCUGAUCUUAUGAAACAUUGUUUGACAAAUUUUAAUGAGUUUGCAUUUUUAAGAUCUAUAUUUGCUAUUAAGAACUCUAUUUGAUCUGGAAAUUGCAUAAUUAUGUUCAUUUCCUUUCAAUUAUGUAUAUGCCUUUUGUAGGAACAUCAGGAAUGAGCAUGAAUGAUCACAUACGUUUUUAUGUUGAGAACUAAACAAUGGAUGGUAACUUAAAUUUUACCAAAUACCCUUGAUAAGACAGGCUCUGGUGAACAAAAUAGUUUUCCAAACUGUUGAUUUUGUUGUUCUUAUGUUAUUUUUAGUGUUUUUAUUAAGAAUGUUUUAAAUCAGAAAUACCCUGUUCAUAUUUUUUGCUGAAUGAAAAUGUAGUUUAUAAUUAUUUCUGAAUAAAUAUAAAUAUUUA